UCUCCGAAAAUCAGUUGUUUUAUCUGGUUUUGUCAUUGAAAGUUGAUACCCCUAACCUCUAAAACUACAUUCUAUAUGUUUACGUUCACCGCUGAAAUUAGUAUAAUCCAUUAUCAGCGAAUCAUUAUCCUCCCUAUAUUGAAUCACUCGUUAAAACCCACGUUAGAGUGUCAAAUAAAUGCCUGUCGUCAUCGUCCAGCUGUCGGUAUUCUACGAGUUCUGACGUAUUUGAAUUCAGAAUUAGUCGAUGCAAAGGAAUAGUGAAGUGAACAGGUGAUUCAACAACCGAGCUGGGAAAGCUGUUGGAGUCGGGACAGUAUGGAUAAACUCCGGAGAGCAUUGAGUGGACAGGAGCAGUGCGAUGAGGAGAGUGGCAUUAUGACUCAGAGUGAAACGGAUUUUAUCGUAAUGAACGAGACAACUCUUAGUUGGUCAACAAGAAUAAAAGGCUUCGCCAUAUGUUUCGUUGUUGGAAUACUCCUUUCCUUCCUGGGAUCGUUUGCACUUUUUCUGCACAAGGGACUUAAAGUAUUCGCCGUAUUUUACACUUUAGGAAACAUUGUUUCCUUAGCAAGCACAUGUUUCCUCAUGGGACCCGUCAAUCAGUUGAAGAAAAUGUUUGCAGCAACUCGAAUUAUUGCGACAGUACUUGUUUUUGUAUCCAUUGCAAUGACUUUGUACUCAGCAAUUGGAUUGGAAAAGGCCGGUCUCGCUCUUGUUUUCAUCAUAAUUCAGUCCUUAGCAAUGACAUGGUAUUCACUAUCUUAUAUUCCCUAUGCAAGAGACGCUGUGAAGAAAGCUGUGGAGUCAUGUAUAUCAUAACAAGGGCUGAAGAACCAAUGGAAGACCAAUUAUUUUCAUAGAUUUUUAUGUUUUUUAUAUAAGACAAUAACUAUUAUUAAAACUAUUUGUAAUAUCAGUUGAGAGAAUUCAUCUGAGCAUUAGCAAUCGUUUGGUACGUUUAUAUCAUCGAUGGAAGUUAUUAAAAUAUGUGUAUUUAUACAAUUCUCAGGAUCAUGAGCAUACAACUAUCAUUAGUAUUACAAGGUAGUAAACAAAAGAACAAUAUUAUUUAAUAUAGUUUCUUUGACAUUAGUAAAACUUACAUAA